UAGUGGAUUAAGCGCGUUUGUAGGUUAGUGCGCGACAUGUAUUAAAGUAAAAAAUGUCACUUUGAUUUGUCUUCGUAGAGAAAACACACGUUUUUUUCUUGAAAUAUAAGCGAAUUUUAAAUCUUGUAAUUAAUUGGUCUUUUUAGUUAAAUUAAUUUUAAAAUGGGAAGGAAAGCCAAGUACGACGACAAACCGGUGACGAAAACCUCGAGGCGCAAAGAAAAAUUAAAAAAACAGCCCGAAAUACUUGUUCCAGGAGACCCUGAAGAUCAAAAACAGGGUAAAUUAAGCCACAGACAGGCCAAGAGGGCAAAGAAAAGGUUGCUUAAAAAAGAACAGAAGAAAAGUACUCUGCAAAAAAAGGAGAACCGUAAAGUAAAGGGAGACGUUGAAGUGCGUCGUAUUGAAAACGAAAACGUGGUGCAAGUUGUGGUGAAUAAAAAAAAAAGGAAAUCCAAUGUUGCCGACGGCGAGCUGCAACCAGAGAAGAAAAAGUUGAAGGACUCUGUGCAGCCACAAACUAACAAACUAAAGCUCUUCGAAGAAGAUCAAUCAGCUCCAAAAAAUGGAAAAAAGAAAAAUAAGUUGAAAUCUGCGGUUCAUGACAGCAAAGUAAAAGUAAAGUCCAUUAAGGUUCUAGCUAACUCAGAAAAAUUAAAUGAAAAAUCACUGAAAACUGGUAAAACUACUCAAAUGAACGGAAACAAGCAUCAAGGUUUUCAAAAGCUGAAUAAACAACAAGCAAAAAAAAAGAACGGUCUGUCCAAAGCUACAAGUAAAAAAAAUAAGAAAGUUUUAAAUAAAUUGUCGACAGGUUCUGAUGAUGAUGCAAGUGAAGAUGAAGAAGAGCAAGAAGAAACAGAUGGAGAAUCUGCGGAUGAAGAAGAAAGCGAAAGAAGUAGCAGAAAGGAUGAAGACGAAAAUGAUUGUGAUGGCAGUGAUAAUAGUGGAGAAGAAGAAGAUGUGUAUAAUGACAGUGAUGAUAGUGAUGCAAUCUUAAAAGACGAUUUUGAUGACAGUGAGGACAGUAAUAGUGACGAGGAAGAUGACGAUCAAGACAAUGAUCUACUGCCUAUAGAGAAAGCUAACAAGAGACUGAAAAAAAAACAAGAACAGGAGAAAAAAUUAGAAAAAGCUGAAAUGAGCGAGAGCAUGUCUCACCAAGAACGAUUUGAAUUUCCCACUCAAGAAGAGCUUGAAAAUCCUGUGAGCCUAAAAGAUGUGCAAGAGCGAAUACAAGAUGUUCUUAGAGUAUUAUCAGACUUUAAAAAGUUACGUCAACCAGACAGAUCUCGUACCGAGUAUGUGGAUUUGCUUAAAAAAGAUUUAUGUACAUACUUUAGUUACAACGAGUUUUUAAUGAACAAAUUGAUGCAAAUGUUUCCGUUGAGCGAAUUACUAGAAUAUUUAGAAGCCAGUGAAGUACAAAGGCCAAUGACCAUUCGCACAAACACUUUGAAAACUCGUCGCGGCGAUUUAAUGACAGCCUUGAGAAACAGAGGUGUAAACUUGGAUUCGCUAGGAAAGUGGACAAACAUUGGAAUAGUCGUUUACUCCUCGCAAGUACCCAUGGGAGCCACACCUGAAUACUUGGCCGGGCAUUACAUCUUACAAGGAGCUUCCAGUCUUCUUCCUGUAAUGGCACUUGAUCCCAAGCUAAAUGAAACGAUUCUUGAUAUGUGUGCCGCACCGGGUGGUAAAUCUUCGCACAUCGCUGCGCUCAUGAGAAAUACUGGCAAGCUUUUUUCCAACGAUGUAAAUAAGGAGAGGAUUAAAGCUGUAGUUGGCAACUUCCACAGAUUGGGCAUUAAUAACAGCGUCAUUACUACUUAUGAUGGCAGAAAAAUACCCAAGGUGUACAAAGGAUUUGACAGAGUACUUCUAGACGCUCCUUGUACAGGUACUGGAGUAGUUGCAAAAGAUCCUAGCGUUAAAACAAACAAGGACGAAAUAGAUGUCCAAAGGUGCUGUACUUUGCAACGAGAAUUGUUAUUAGCUGCAAUUGAUAGCGUUAAUGCGCGUUCCAGUACUGGAGGUGUCGUUGUGUACUCGACUUGUUCCAUACUUCCAGAGGAAAACGAGUGGAUUGUUGAUUACGCACUAAAAAAACGUGAUGUCAAAUUGGUCGACACGGAAUUGAAAUUCGGAGCUGAUGGUUUUACGAAUUACAGAGAGCACAGAUUCCAUCCCUCAUUAAAGUUGACUAAACGAUUUUAUCCUCACACACACAACAUGGAUGGCUUCUAUGUAGCUAAAUUUAAAAAGUUUUCAAAUAUUAAACCUAAGCAGGAACAGAUUGUUGACGACGAUGAAGAAGAAAAGUCGGAGUAAAAUUGUUGGAUUGAUAAUGCAUUUCGUUUAUACUGUAUAAAUCAUAAUGUAUUUUUAUAAAAUAGUUUUCAACACUUUUCUUCACAGUGAUGU